AUGAAAUCUCAUCGAGUACUUAUACCCACAACCCACGAAGUCGUUCGCCGGACGUUCAGACGUGUGAUAACGUUUUCCCGCUGGUAUAGGGGUGGUCACAGCAAAGCAUUUAAUUUUCUUCUCGGGCGACACCGGCGUCUGACCAUACUAAAAUUCGAAUCGGUUGCCGUUGCGCAACGGUUAUUUUCCUCCCCUUUCGAGCCAAAACUGUUUGUCGAACGUGAAACAGACGACAACAUUUUCGUGCGUGUGCUCGUCGACAAAGAUUCAAACACUUCACUUUUCAACGUCCGAUCUUUCGCUGUUAAACGUUCGACGCCCCGUCCUGCCGGUGAUUGUCGCUCGUCGUCUCAACACACCCAAGGACCAAAACUAGAGACGUUUCUAUUUUGA